CUUUUUAUUUUUUUCAACUUUCUCAGCGAUUCAUUGUUUUGAAGUUUCAAAAUUUUUAUUGGUUUCUCAUACUCCACCAACCUCUGUUUUCUGUUUUCAGUUUCCACCACCUAAUUCACCUACCACAAGGAACCCGCGAACCAGUCCUUUUUACCUUUUUUUUUUUAAUUAUUCACAUAUACAUAUCCUUCGUCUUUUUUCAAUAUUCGCAGUGAUUCAUUGUUUCAAAGCUUCAAACUUUUGCAUUCUUUAGUGUUUCUAUUUCUUUGGAAAAGGUCUUUCUGUGUAGCAUCAAUGGAAGCUAAGUUGUUCAUAGCUUCUUCUUCUCCAGCUUCGUUUUCUGUUAACGGAACCACCAAACUUUCGAGACCCAGUUUUCCUUUAACUUCACAAACCAGGGAAUUUCCCAUCUUUAAGCUCCAUUGCUCUGCAAGGUUGUCAAAGACAGCCAUUCAAUCUCUUCAUGCUUCCACCAACUCUAUUGGAUCAACAAGAAUCAAGCCAAGGGUGGAUAAGAGCGAGAACUUGACCCUCGAGGCAGUGAGGUACUCGUUAAUUCGACAAGAGGACAGCAUUAUAUUUAGCCUUCUAGAGAGAGCUCAAUAUUGUUAUAAUAAGGAUACAUAUGACCCUGAUGCCUUUUCAAUGGAUGGGUUCCAUGGCUCCUUAGUUGAGUAUAUGCUUAGAGAAAGCGAAAAGCUUCAUGCCAAGAUUGGCAGGUACAGGAGCCCGGAUGAGCAUCCUUUCUUCCCUGAUGAAUUACCUGAGCCCUUGUUGCCACCUUUGCAAUAUCCACAGGUACUACAUCCCGCUGCUGAUUCAAUAAAUAUAAAUCCAAAAGUGUGGCAAAUGUACUUCAGAAAUCUUAUUCCCAGAUUAGUAAAGGCAGGAGAUGAUGGGAAUUGUGGAUCUACUGCCGUUUGUGACACUGUGUGUUUGCAGGCUCUUUCGAAGAGAAUGCAUUACGGAAAAUUUGUGGCAGAAUGUAAAUACCAGGCAUAUCCGGAUGCUUAUCGAGCUGCAAUAAGAGAACAGGACAGGGAUUGGCUGAUGAAGUUGCUCACAUAUCCGUCUGUGGAAGAAUCGAUCAAGAAAAGAGUAGAAAUGAAAGCUAGAACUUACGGACAAGUAGUGCCGGAUAAUAUGAACAUGAAGGAUGGUGAUCCGGUUUACAAAAUAAACCCAAGCUUGGUAGCCGACUUGUACGGGGACUGGAUCAUGCCAUUGACGAAGGAAGUCCAAGUGGAGUACCUGUUGAGAAGGUUAGACGGAUCCGAAUGAAUAAUAUAAGCAGUUUAUGAUGAAAACAGAGAUAAAAGUCAUAAGGGAUCAACUUUUCAUUAGCUGUUUGUUGAUGUUGUAAAUUGUUGAAGGCACUAAUAUGAACUACAACAUUAUUUUUAAGAUUUACCACAUUAAUUUCAUAGUCAUUUGAGAUUUUUUUUUUCUUUUGCAACUUAGUCAAAAGAAAGAAAUAAAAAAUAAAAAUCUCUUCAUUUCUUGCUAA